AUGAAGGUAGGCAUCAAUGGCGCAGGAAGAAUAGGGAAAAUGGUUGUGCGCAUACUUCUGGAAAGAGGCAUCGAGGUGGGCUGCAUAAACGACCCCUUUGUCGACGCAGAGUAUCUGGCAUAUCUCUUGUACCGAGACUCCACGCACGGGACUCUCAAGAACACGGUAAUCACGCACACCGAAAGCUCGCUGACUGUGAAAAGAGAGGGAAAGCCUGACAUGCUGAUUGCGGUCUCCAACAAAAAAGACCCCUCUGAGAUCGGGUGGAGCCAGUACGGAAUCGAGUAUGUUGUUGAGGCCUCUGGCGUGUUUAAGACAGUCGAAAGCUGUCAAAAGCACAUACAGGGCGGAGCCAAGAAGGUAGUCAUCACCGCGCCAAGCAAAGACGCCCCCAUGUUUGCUGUUGGGAUAAACACUGGCGAGUACAAAGGCGAAGCUGUGAUCAGCAACGCCAGCUGCACCACAAACUGCCUGGCUCCGCUGGCAAAGGUGCUGGAGGAGGAGUUUGGCAUCGAGGAGGGGCUUAUGACCACGGUGCACGCCUUGACGGCAACGCAAAGAAUCGUAGACGGGAUGUCGAUGAAGGAGUACCGGGACGGGCGGGGCGCCCUGCAAAACAUCAUCCCUGCGUCAACAGGCGCUGCCAGCGCAAUCGGCCAGGUAAUUCCGAGCCUCAAAGGAAAGCUCACAGGGAUGUCGUUCAGAGUGCCCGUGGCAGACGUAAGCGUGGUUGACCUGACUGUCCGGCUAAAGGCUGGCGCGUCCCCUGAAAAGAUCAAGCAGGCUCUGAGGGCCGCCAGCGAAGGCGCUCUGCAGGGAAUCCUGAAGUACACCGAAGACCCUGUGGUCAGCACAGACUUCAUCGGAGACAGCGCAAGCAGCAUUUUUGACGCCAGCGCGUCUAUCUUCCUCUCCGACCGGUUUGUCAAGCUUGUUGCGUGGUAUGACAACGAGUGCGGAUACUCGCACCGCGUGGUUGAUCUGCUUCUCCACAUAAGCAAGUUCCAAGAGUAA